UUUGGGAUUGAUUUGAUAACUAGGACAAACUCUUGGGGAUUCUGUGAAAAUUCCAUUUCGAUAGAAAGAAGGCAGAAAUCACGAUCCCGAAAUCCAAAAAUUUCGCAGCCCCCGAGAAAAAUCUCUCAUGGCAUUAAAGAACGACGCUACUCGAUUUGGAAUUUCUCUAUUUGCAUUCGAUAAUCGCAUUCAAUCUCGAUAGUGUUUCCUCUUCAGAUUGGAUUUCGGGGUCAGAAAUUCCGAAUCCGCCAUGUCUUAUAGAGGCGGAGGCGGAGGCAGCGGCGGAGGAGGGAGGGAGAGGAUGAGACGGGAAGAGAAGGGUAGGGGAAUCGGCAGCGGCGGCGGAGGGAAUCCGCCGUCGCGGCAUCUCUUUGUGGGGAACCUUCCCCAUGGAAUAUCGGAACGAGAGUUCACCGACAGGUUUCUCCGGUUCGGAGAGCUCGAGAGCGUGGCGUUUCAGCUUAACCGGAGCUACGCGUUCGUCAACUUCAAACACGACGAGGACGCGUUUGCCGCCAUCGACUCGCUUCAGGGGUUCCCUCUCGCCGGCAACCCGCUUAGGAUCGAGUUUGCCAAGGCGGAUAAGUCGUCAACUGCAUCACGCACUGAAGAUCAGUUUCGCCGGGAGGAACAUCGCUCUGCGACAAGAGGAUCGUCUUUUAUCCAAAAGGACUCCAGAAUGCACUAUGAAAGUCCCGAAUCUUACAGCAAAUCGAUGAUGGCUGACAGAGAUGCAGCAGAACCCAGUGAGGUACUGUGGAUUGGAUUUCCGGCCAUGUUGAGAGUGGACGAGGCAAUCUUGAGAAAGGCCUUUUCCCCAUUUGGAGAAAUAGAGAAGAUCACCAUAUUUCCAGGUCGUAGUUACGCAUUUGUUCAGUUUCGGAGUCUAGCAGCAGCUUGUAAGGCGAAAGAAACACUUCAGGGAAAACUAUUUGGCAAUCCUCGAGUGCAUAUUUGUUUUGCAAAGAGUGAACCUUCCUCAUCUAAUACUGGAAGAGCGGCCCUCUCGCCUAGAUCAGUAGAUCGGCUGGGAUCUUCAGAAGUUUAUCUUCAGGGUAAGAAUUAUGCAGCAGAUAUGGACAGAGGUGAUCAUGAGGAUUAUAUGUUUAACAGGAAAGGGACCUCAAGAAAAGAUGGAAACUUUGCAUAUGAAACCUUGAGGUCUACCCACAGAGUUCCACAGGAUAUGUAUGAGUGUCAUGAUAGUCCAAGGGAAAGGGAUUUUGCAUUCCAUGAUGGUCAUCAAAGACUCCCUUCUAGGAGGAGUUCAGUGAAUGAAGAACCAUGGGGUUUACCUGAAGAUGACUACAUCUAUCAUGAAUCGAAGAGACUGAAGAUAGGAUCUGUUCUUCCAGAGAAAGAGCUUCCGGAUUAUCUGCUUUCUGGUAUUGAAAGAGAAAGGCGUGCAGUUUUUAGGUUAACCUCUGAUUUGUCCCCACCAGAUGCCUUCGAAAGAAACUUUGACGAUGGGAAGCUAAGAUACAGAAGAAUGUCCGAGCAGCCGCAUGAAGAUUUUCGAACCGGGUUUCGUCCUUUGCCAUCUACUGUCUCCCCUGAAAGGAAAAGGUACACCUCUGAACCUGAUCGGCCAUCCUUGAAAGACUGGAAAUGGGAAGGAACAAUAGCUAAGGGAGGUAAUCCCAUUUGUCGUGCUCGGUGCUUUCCUGUGGGAAAGGUUAUGGACAUGAUGCUGCCUGAGUUCCUAGAUUGCACGGCGAGAACUGGUUUAGACAUGCUCGUUAAGCAUUAUUACCAAGCAUCAAAUGCUUGGGUGGUUUUCUUUGUUCCUGGAAGUGAUGCGGAUAUGGUGUUCUACAACGAGUUCAUGCAUUACCUGGAGGAGAAGCAACGAGCAGCUGUUUCUAAAUUGGACGACAGAACAACGUUGUUCCUAGUACCUCCCUCUGAUUUCUCCGAGAAAGUACUCAAAGUUCCUGGUAAACUCAGCAUCUCUGGAGUUGUUCUACGGAUAGAAUAUCCUAGUUCUGGAUCUGGUCCGGGUGAGAUAAAAGAUCGAAACUUGUUAACCUCUCCCGGUGAAACAUCAUACGCAAUGACUGACUUUUUACCGAGCGGUGUCCAAGAUGCUCCGCUAGACCCACCAUAUAUGGAGAACAGGCAUGAACGGCCAACGCACCAGAGUUUUGGAUCAGACUGGCCUCCUCGUGAUCUGCAGGCCUCGGUUUCCAUUACCAGAAGAUCACAUCAGCAAGCUUCAAGCAGCGGAAACAAUCGUAGUUUUCAAGGGCAUCACUUGAUGAUGCAUGGGCAGCCACCGGAUUCUGAUUUGAGUCAGUAUCCCAAAAUCACAAAUUCAGCCCAGAUGCCAUUGCCUGCACAACUUUCAGGACUCCAGCCUGAGCAGCUUGCACAAUUAGCUUCCUCUCUGUUGGGACAGCACAAUCAAGGAGGAAACCCACCGAAUCAGCACGAGAGGAAUACUGUAGACAUUAGCCAUGACACACCCGAGCUGUCCACACCGUCUCAGUUUAUCCAUUUGCAGCAGAGGCCGAGUGGACAACCCCCGGUUCAGAGGGAAGUCCAAACAGUUUAUCAGGGAAACCGAAAUGAACAAGUUAGCAGCAACACCCGAGAAGGAGAAGGAGAAGAAGAAGAAACCGAGGCUAACCCACAGAAGCGCCUUCAAGCAACGCUUCAACUGGCAGCAGCCCUUCUGCAGCAGAUUCAACAGGCUAAAGGCACUUGACUCUGCAAAAUGUGUUUUUGGACAAAAAUGAACCCUUCUUGCAUUAGAGUUCAGUUCAGCUCAUCCCACCUUAGAAGAAGAUCCAUAGAGCUUAAAGACAAAAAGAAUCCAUAGACUAGUUCUUGAUAGAUUCUGUAAUCUUAUCCUGACUCCAACAUUUGUAGAUGAGACAUCGUAGCAAUUCUUUCAGUGGUUUGAAGCAGAUUUUAUUUUAUUUUAUAAUACUAAAGUUCAUUA